UUCCAUACCUCAAGAAUACGCAGAUGCACCACUUAAAACUACAUAUUGGUCAACCAGGUUUUGUUUCUGGUUUAGGCCGCCGGUGAGCUCCCGCUGCGACUGUGUCAUUUUUUGGGAAAGCUGUUGCUUUGACCUCCCCCCUCUGUUCCCAGUCGAGUCGCUCUCCUUCUAUCCGACCACACACACACACACACACACACACACACACACUGCUCCCCCCCUCUGCCUCUCGUGCUCUCAGCAUCAUUCAGAGCUUCAUCUCCUCGGCUGGAAUCACACAAGAUGCAUCUGUAGGUUGAAAUCACUCUACUGGAUUUUCCUGCACCGGAUCUCGGGGUAGACGCUGGAAACGGACCGUGGACGGAGAUGGGAUGAGGGCUGUUAGAUCAACAUGUUGAGGAGUCCUCCUUACCGGACCUUACUGAUGAGGAGUUGAGAAGCGGACAUCCCUCGCCCGUCACUGCAGCGUCAGUACCCGACGCUUCCGUUAGGACUCGUUUUUGGACGGUCUCUGUGUUGUGAUGUGGUCUAAUUGCGCGGUUAUGUAACUCUAAGUGCUUUCCGUGGUAGGAAAUACCGAGUCUAUCGGUAUCGCUCAUGCUCUGGUGCAUGCCUGCGCUCGCUCCCUUGCGCCGGUGGUGUGCACCGUGAAUCUGCACCGAAUCUGCACGGUCGUCCCUCCCUCUCCCGUGAGAUGGCCGCGGCGAUCGCCAGCUCGCUCAUCCGACAAAAACGGCAGGCGCGCGAGUCAAACAGCGAGCGAGCGGUGUCCGGUAAGCGUCGCUCAAGCCCCGGUAAAGAGCCCUCGGGCCGGGGCUCCUUGUGCAAUCGGCACCUGUUCGGACUCUUCGGUAAAGUCCGAUUCUGCAGCGGGAAGAAACGACCCGUGCGCCGGAAACCAGAGUCUCAGUUGAAGGGGAUAGUGACCAGGCUCUUCAGCGAGCAGGGCUACUACUUGCAGAUGCAGCCGGAUGGAACGGUCGGCGGGACCAAAGAUGAAAACAGCGACUACACUCUGUUUAACCUGAUCCCGGUGGGUUUGCGGGUCGUGGCCAUACAGGGCGUGAAGGCCGGACUCUACGUGGCCAUGAAUGGAGAGGGUUUCCUCUACUCCUCGGAUACAUUCACAGCGGAGUGUAAGUUUAAGGAGAGUGUGUUUGAGAAUUAUUAUGUGAUCUACUCGUCCACGAUGUACCGCCAGCAUGAGAGCGGACGCGCCUGGUUCCUCGGACUCAAUAAGGAAGGAACCAUCAUGAAGGGAAACCGGGUCAAGAAAACUAAACCGUGCUCACACUUUGUGCCCAGACCCAUUGAAGUGUGUAUGUAUAAGGAGCCGUCGCUGCAUGAUAUUGACGAGAAGCAGCGGUCCAGGAAAAACUCAGGAACUCCCACCAUGGGCACCAGGAAAGAGUUGAACCAGGACUCUACCGAUCAUGAAGGCUCAUAGCCACACACACACACACACACCGACCUGUAAAUGUACACACACAUACACACACACACACGGUGACCCCUGGAGCUGAAUGCUUUCUUACACCCGAACAAACAACAGCAACUUCAGCAUCGACAAGCAUCAAACAAAACAAAAAUUAACAAAGUAACAUGAAAAAAAAAAAAAACACAUAAAAAAAAAAGCUGAAUUCUUGCCUGUGAAAAUAUUUAAGGAGUAUCUGAAAAAUCAGGACAUGAUUUUACAUUUUAUGCAAAGUCUGGCAAGAGUCUGUUGGCGUCAUGUGCUCGUGGAGGGUGUUUUCUUUCGGGAGUCUGAGCUUUAAAGCCAUGUUCGAUGAUCACACGUUGAUUUAUGAAUGCUAAAAGCACUUUCACUCACCGCUAUACGUCGCUCACCUCAUUAAUAUCGAAUGUUCUCAUCAGUUGUGUCCCCCAAUCAUUGCUCUGUUUUUUUUAUUCUGGGUGUGGGGGGAGGGGCUUAUGCAUUCUGCUCUCUGAUUGGCCGGAGGGUUUAGGAAUCGCUCUGCGUAUAGGCUCUGACUGGAACUGGAUUCUUAUUCACUGUAUGAAAUGUGUCACAUUAAUUAAUUUAAAUCCCCUCAGCGUUAAAAAGUGUCUCUGAAACAUGCUUGCUGCUGUACCUUUAAGACUUGUAUAUCUAAAUGCACUGUUAUGAUUGGUGAACAUCAGCAUGCUGGUGUCAACUAUGUUAAUGAGCAUAUGGUGUGAUGUCAUAAUCGUGAUGAUUUCUGAGCCAAUAAAUGGCGCAGCGAAUGUUACGAAUAUUCAAACUCUUUUUAUUUCAAAAGAGCGAGGACAAAACAUUUUCCCGCGCGGUUUUGAGUGUACUGAGAAUCGCACAGAGGGACGGUGAUGUCAUCAAGACAAUGAUGUCACAGUCUGAGAUUCUGCAUUCAGUAAACGGAAGCGCCUGCUUUUAUUUCACCCCACGCCCGUUUUGAAACCGAGAGAUUGGGGUUUUUUAUCCUGCCAAAAGCACAUACUGCCCUCCGAGUGACUAAACUGGACUAAACCACUUUAAACCAGAGAAUAGACUGCCCCGGCUUUCCUUCACGCAGUGUUUUUUUUUAAUCGCUCCUCAUUAACACGCAGGCUGUGUUCAGAAUGGAGUCCUAGCGCACUGCUUACUGCGCAGUAUACACUCCAUACGAACAGUAUGUGAAACGGUGCACUUGAUACAGUAGAGUACUAGAUGUUUUCACUGUGUUGCAUGUCUAAUUCAGCAGAUGUCUGAAAUGAAUGCUGUUGUUUUGCAUGUUUAAUCAUCCAUUAAAAUAACGAGGAACAAGUGUAGUCCUGUAAAUCAAAAGGUCGAAUGCAUUGCAUUGUGGGAUAGCGCUCUACUUGAACUUUGCAAGUUUGACACUUAUUGAACUAAACUGAAUUAGCGUUGCUAAAUAAUGACACUAUUGUCUCCUGAGAUCGAAUUGGUUACAUAACUGAUGCAACAUUAACACUGUUCCGUUGCUGUUAUUACUGCUUUGAAGCGAUCUGUACUGUAUAAAGAAGCCGCUCAGCUUUAGGUAAAUGUCUUAGCUCUUGCCACUGCAUACUGUGCACGGUAUGCAUACUAUAUACUGCAUACGUGGUGAGAUUAGUAUGCUGGGAUGACAUUUUGAACACUGCUCAGCUCAGCGCGUUUCUGAUUGGUUACUUGAGUCCAAGCGCCUUCCCCUUUAAAUGUGAUCGACCUGUUCAUUGGUCAGAUCCGUCGAUGGAAAGGCCAAUCAGCUGGGUUCAUGACAAGUCUUCCAUUAGUGGAGCUGCACCAGCAUCUGAGAGGGAGGUCAAAGGUCAGGGGUCCCGCUAGGGAUACGAGAGAGAAAACGAGGUCACGAACCGAGCUACUAAAGAUGCCUGCCUGUUUGUUUCAUAGAAGAUGUUCUGAUUAUUGCCAUGCUGAAAUGAUCUUCUGCUGACCUGGAAGUUCUUUUGUGUUUGCACCUUAAUUCUGAACACGUUCAUUGUGUAAAGAGUUCUGAAUAAAACAUUAAACCUGCCACAGGAGGAAAAUAUAAUAAAAAUAAAUAAAUAAAAAACAGGAUUGAA